CGUAAAAACGAUAUUGGAUAUUGGACUUUAACUCUAUGGUUCCCACGCGUGAACUAAUUUGAAAAUUCUGUUAGUAUGCUAACUUGAUUAAAUGGAAACCAGCUUAUCAAUAUCUAAGAAGUGUGAUGAAGUAGUGGAAAGCACGGAAAAUGAUAUACUAGAACGAAUAUCAGAAGCAUCGGCCAAGUCAUCUACCUAUUUGGAUCUGAGUAGCUCAAAACUAAAGGAAAUUCCUAGUCAGGUACUGAAUAUAUCCAACCUUCAGAAACUUUAUCUUGCAAAUAAUUGCCUGGAAGCACUAACACCAGAAAUAUUGAAAUCCUUAAGUCAUCUUCGUUGGUUGGACUUACGUGACAAUUGUAUUACAAAUAUCCCACCAGAAAUCAAAUACCUUGAAAAUCUGCAAACUUUGCUUCUAGACAAUAACAAAAUUACAAUUCUUCCCGUCGAGCUUGGGUUUUUAGAGAAACUGUCGGUGUUGCAUCACAGAAACAAUCCGAUCGAGUUUCCACCAGCAGAUGUCUUAGUUAAAGGUCCGAAGUAUGUUCUGAAGUACUUGCAUGACUGUUACCUUGUUCUGGCCAAUAUAGCUGUAAACAAAGAUUUCAGUUUAUGCAAGCAAAGUUCAGAAAAAAAGGAAGAAAAGCCGAAAAGUGAGAAUGGUUCUACACCCGAUAAACAAUCGCACUGCAUUGACGGCGAAACCACGGACCUUGAAAUCUCAGCUCUAACAAAAUCAACGAAUGAAAUAAAUCUCCAAGAGAAGGAUUCGAUUCAUUCGGGAAAUUGCAUGGCUUCACUUAGUCCUAUAGGACUACAACAGGAUUAUUUGGGUCAGUUGCGUUCAGAUAGACCUAGUUCUGUGCAUUUAUUUGAAACUGAUAAGGUAGAAAGGGAAGCUUCACUUAAUAAUUCUGUUAAUUUGGAGGAUUCUACAAAACCACUCCGAAAAUUCAAUCAUCUAAAGCUCUCAGAAGCUAUAGGAAGCAUGCUUAGUCCAGAUAAAAGUCUAUAUGAUAAUUCUGAACAGAAAGAUGUUGUUUCAUCAUGUCGUAGAACAACACAAAAGUCGAAAUUAUACAAGAAGAUAGAACGCAAUUACUUAAAAUCUAAGCGUUAUGGAUCGAAGUCACACUCGUGAGUUCCAAUUCAUGAUAAGUUACAUUUUAAACUUCUUGUUCUAUUGUUUGACCCCCUUCAUGUAUCUGAAUUUAGUUUUUCAGAACAUACAAUAUUUGAACAGGAAACAUAACGCUCGAUCUUAUGUGCUAGUGGAUUUUUAGAGGUAUUAUCUCCUACCAGGGUAAGGAAGGCGGAGGACAAGAGUAUCAUGAGGACACCUUUUGGAACAAUGAAAGUAACAUGAUUAGAAACAAAAUAGAAAUCAUAAGCUUAAGAUUACCAGGAUGAUAACAAGUAAUAAUCGUUUUUAAGACACUACAUCUAGUCAUCUGAUGAAAUCGCUUUUUUAAAAGCGUUGAAUCUUAUGGUUUAUUAAAAAAUUCUUUACGCAUUUUUAUGAAUUUUGUUUCUUUAAGAAACUUAUUUACCGCGGAGUGUUAUAUAUGAAAUAAAGGCAUAAAACUGGGUUUUAGAUUUCUAACGCCUUGUCUAACAGGAAAAUAGUCACUGAAUACUCACAACACUCUGACACAUAUAUAUAUAUGCUACUGAGAAUAUAUAAAAUAUAAGAUUGAGAAGACAGUAUAUGACCUUUCCUUAGAGUUAGGUGAUACGCGAGAAUACAGCUCUUCAUAAAGUUACUUUAUAGGAACAGUUACCGUCAUGAUUAAUGCAUAAAUUCGUUUUCUGAUAAAUAGGUUAACAGUAAAAUAGUAAAAUAUCAGCAACACUAUAGGGAAAAGACUCACUACUGUUACAGUCUGAUAAGUUACAAAGUGUGUCAAAUCAUUUCUAUUCUACAUUAAAACAUAUAAGUUUUGACAAAAACAAUCUUAUGCCUAUGAAUAAUGCC